AUGGCUGACGAAGACUUUAAUCAAGACUUGACAUUUGAUGGAGAAAUGAAUGAAAAGAAAAAUCGAAAAUUAAAAAAGAAAAGCAAAUCUGGUGGAUUUCAAUCAUUUGGAUUGUCAGCACCUAUAUUCAAAGCUAUUAUGAAACGUGGCUAUAAAGUUCCAACACCAAUUCAACGUAAAGCAAUUCCGGUGAUAUUGAAAAAUAAAGAUGUUGUAGCAAUGGCACGUACUGGUAGUGGGAAAACUGCAGCAUUUCUUAUUCCAAUGUUUGAAAAAUUAAAAGGACAUGAUCCAAAUUCUGGUCCACGCGCACUUAUUCUGUCACCAACUCGUGAAUUAGCUUUACAAACACUUAAAUUUACACAACAAAUUGGAAAUUUAACUGAUCUUAUUCCAACAGCUAUUCUUGGUGGUGAACGAAUCGAAGAACAAUUCAGUAAUUUACAUGCUCAUCCAGAUAUAAUUAUUGCAACACCUGGUCGUUUUAUGCAUAUAUGUAUUGAAAUGGAUCUUAAAUUACACGAUGUUAAAUAUGUUGUAUUUGAUGAAGCAGAUCGUUUAUUUGAAAUGGGUUUUCAAGAACAAUUAAAUGAUAUAAUAAAACGUUUACCAUCACAACGUCAAACAUUAUUAUUUUCAGCAACAUUAUCAAAAAUUCUUGCUGAAUUUGCUAAAGCAGGUCUUUAUGAACCGGAAUUAAUUCGUCUUGAUAUUGAAAUGAAAUUAAAUGAACAUUUAAAAUUAAUUUUUUUUCAUGUACGUCAUGAUGAUAAAACAUCAUUACUUUUACAUCUUCUUCGUACAGUAAUACCAUCCGAUCAACAAAUUGUUUUAUUCGUUGGUACACGUCAUCAUUGUGAAUAUUUAAAAGAAUUACUUGAACAACAACAACAACAAAAUUUAUUUUCAGCAGUUACAAUUUAUUCUACACUUGAUCAUUCAACAAGAAAAAUUAAUCUUUCAAGAUAUCAAACUGGUAAAGCGCGAGUUUUAAUUGUUACUGAUAUUGCUGCUAGAGGAUUGGAUAUUCCAUCACUUGAUAAUGUUAUUAAUUAUCAUUUUCCAUCUACACCUAAAAUAUUUCUUCAUCGUGUUGGUCGUGUUGCACGUGCUGGACGUGCGGGUACAGCUUAUUCGCUAAUAUGCACCGAUGAAAUAUCAUAUUUAUUUGAUGUACAAGAAUUUAUUGGUAAAACAAUAAAAUUUACUACAAAAGAUGAUGAAGAUAAUGAUGAUGAUUUUCAUUUAUUAUUUGGAAAUGUUCCACAAACAAUAAUUGAUGAAGAAUCCGAAACAAUUAGAAAAUUAGCUGAAAUAAAUGUUGAUUUAGUUAAUUUAUAUCAAGUACAACAAAAUGCAUAUCAACAUUAUAUUCGAUCACGACCAGCAUCAACAUAUGCAUCUGUUAAACAAAUGAAACAAUAUCAUAAAGAAAUUUCUAAUAUGCCUAUGCAUCCAAUAUUUCGACAGAAUUAUACUGUUGAAGAAUUAACACCAAAUCCACUUAUACAACAAUUAAAAUCAUUUCGAGCAAAAAAUACAAUCUUCGAAGUGAAUCCAUCAGCAGGUAAUACUGCCUGUCAAAUUAUGAAACGAAAACGUGCUCAUGAUGAAAGACUUAUUUUCAAACAUGAUCAAAAAGAACAAUCAUUACAAAAUAAUCAUUCUGAUAGUGAUGAUGAUGAUCACAAAAAAACACUUGAAGUAGAUAAUUUGACAAUAACUAUUAAAGGAGCAAAUGAUAUGAAUUAUGAUGAUAUGGAAUCACCAAAAAAGAAGAAGAAGAAAAAUCGACGAGAAGUUGAUAAAGAAUUUUUUAUUCCAUAUCAACCACCUGAUUUCAAACGAGAACAAGGGUUAGAAAUUCAAUCCUUUGAACGUCAAACAACUGCAGCAGUUAUGGAUUUAGCAAAUGAUGAUGGAACUCAUCGCAAAGGUCCAAUGAUACAAAAAACCAAAUGGGAUCGAAAGAAGAAGAAAUUCGUAACUGUUGGUCAAACUGAUGCAAAAACAAAAAAAGUUAAAACUGAAAGUGGACAAUGGAUUCAAGCAUCGUAUAAAACAGAUGUGUAUGUUGAAAUUUUUAAAAAAUAUCCGUUUAAUAAAUCUAUUAAAAGAAUAUCAUUCCUAAUAAUAUUUGAUCCGGGGGCGUACCGAGGUGUCGAAAUUAUAAAAAAAUGGCUCAAUAAAUCAAAAGUUUUGGAUAAAGAAUUACCGGAUAGUCGUCGAACUAAAACUGAAGAUUAUGUAAAUGAUGAUGAAGCAUCCAGUGCACAAAAGAAACCACGACAAUUUCAACAACGUGUAACACAAUUAAUGAAUCGACAAAAGACGCAAUUAAAAUCUAAAGGCCAAAAAAUGCCAAGUCAUUCAGAAUUGAAAAAACCUGAACAAAUUAUGAAGAAACGUACUGAAACACGUAAAAAACAAUCAUUACAAAAAGCACGUCAAAUGCGUAAAGGUGGUCGAACGAAUUACAAAAAUCAACGACAAAGUAGUAAAUCUAAACAUACGAAACGUGCACCUACAAAUACUAAGCAUGCACCUACGAAUAAUAAACGUGCGCCUGCAGGUGCAAAUCAAUCAUCAAAAAGAACUAGAAAAAGAUAA